AUGGAGAACGGCUCUUCCUCGGAAGGAAAGGACCCAUCCGCCUUCCUGAGUGAGAUCAUCGGCGCCCCAGUCAUUGUGAAGCUAAACUCCGGCGUCGUCUACAAGGGCGAACUGCAGUCGGUUGACGGUUAUAUGAACAUCGCUCUCGAAAAGACCGAAGAGUUCGUGAACGGGAAGCUUCGUCGCAAUUACGGCGAUGCCUUUGUGCGGGGAAACAAUGUGCUCUACAUUUCCGCAAGCUGA